UGUGGUGGAGGUGACGAGGAGAUCCACUCGAUCGCGCCACUUCAUAGAGAUAGGGAGGAAUCGAUGACCGUUGGCGGCUUCCUCUGGCUUCGCCAAUCGUGUCCGUCCUUCGCCGUUCCCAUCGAUUCCAGGAACGGGGCAGCCGCCGCCGCCGCCUCCAAUCCCCGCGCCCUCCGGUUCCGUCACAAGUCCUUUCCGCGCGCCACCUACCUCCGCGCGCCGCGUCGGGCAAUGGAUCCUCCGCGAUGCCUCGGGUCCAGUGACCUAGAGGAGGCCACGGACGAUAUCGCGGCGGCUGCGACCCUCCAUCGUGGCGUUCCUUCUGACUUGGUUGAGAAGAUGAUGUACGAUGCUCUCGUUUGGAGCGCCCUCCACGGUCUCGUCGUCGGGGACAGGCGCGUCCAGAAUUCAGGAACUGUCCCUGGUGUCGGUCUAGUUCAUGCACCAUUUGCUCUACUGCCCAUGUCAUUCCCAAAAGCCCAUUGGAGGCAAGCGUGUGAAUUAGCUCCUAUCUUCAAUGAGCUUGUUGACCGUGUGAGCUUGGACGGAAAGUUUUUGCAAGAUUCUUUAUCUAGAACGAAGAAGGUGGAUGCAUUUACAAGUAGACUUCUUGACAUCCACUCGAAGAUGCUAGAAAUAAAUAAAACAGAAGAUAUUCGUUUGGGUUUGCACCGGUCUGAUUAUAUGCUGGAUGCUGAAACAAAUCUUCUUUUGCAAAUAGAGUUGAACACCAUUUCAUCUUCAUUUCCUGGUCUUAGUUGCCUAGUCAGUGAGCUUCACAGAAUCUUACUUAACCAAUAUGGAAAGGACCUGGGAUUGGAUUCAAGAAGAGUUCCUGGAAACACGGCUGUAAGUCGAUUUGCAGAAGCAUUAGCAAAAGCAUGGAAUGAAUACAAUAAUAGCAGUGCUGUAGUUAUGGUCGUUGCCCAAAGUGAAGAGCGCAAUAUGUAUGAUCAACACUGGCUAUGUGCUGUUCUGAAGGAGAUACAUGGCGUGGCCACUAUCCGCAAGACCUUAUCAGAAAUAGAUACGCAAGGACAUGUAUUGCCUGAUGGAUCACUUGUAGUUGAUGGACAAACAGUUGCUGUGAUCUAUUUCCGAGCUGGUUACUCGCCAAAUGAUUAUCCUUCAGAAGCAGAAUGGCGAGCAAGGUUUUUGAUGGAAAAGUCAUCUGCUAUCAAGUGCCCCUCAAUCUCCUACCAUUUGGUUGGAACAAAGAAGAUUCAACAAGAAUUGGCAAAACCAAAUGUCUUGGAAAGGUUCCUUGAUACUGAGGACAUUGCAAAAGUGCGGAAAUGCUUUGCAGGGUUGUGGAGUUUGGAUGAUCCAGAUGCUGUGAAGUCUGCUAUAGAAAAACCUGAUUUGUUUGUUCUCAAACCCCAACGAGAAGGAGGAGGAAACAACAUUUAUGGUGACAAUGUAAGGGAAACAUUGAUUAGGCUGCAACAGCAAGGGACUGAGGAACUUGCUGCAUACAUUUUGAUGCAGAGAAUAUUUCCGACAGCUUCUCUUGCUUUUCUGGUCCGAGAAGGUGUUUGGCAUCAGGAUAAUGCAAUUUCGGAACUAGGAAUAUAUGGUGCCUAUUUAAGGAACAAAGAUAAAGUGAUCAUGAACGAUCAAUGUGGCUAUCUGAUGCGGACAAAGGUUUCAUCAUCAAAUGAAGGUGGGGUGGCAGCUGGAUUUGCGGUUUUGGAUAGUAUUUACCUGACAUGACGACACAUGUUUAUUAAGGUUAUCAUCGGCAGGGCCUGGGAGGAGUCAUUAGUGAUUCUUCAGGAUGUAAAAGUACUCCACGGUUUCUUGUCUUCUACAAAUCACAGAGAAGCUUGAUUCUUAUUCUUAUGAGAAGGUUCAGCUGCAUGCACUCAAUAAAUUCUUCCAGAGCCGAGCAUCCUUGUGACACCACUGGAAUGACUUGUGACCAGAAAUUAAACUCUGGCUAAAUGAACAAUUCAGAGCUGAUUGUAUGCUCAUGUGCUAUUUUAUUUUCCGGGAUGACUUGAAAACUAAUAUUUGGUGCUCUCAAGGGCAAAACCAAAUGCUGACGGUAACAAAUUGUUGUGUGUGCACACAUCUGGGCCACUAUUAUUCAAACAAUUCUUCAAGUCA